CAGCGGCGCGGCGAGGUCUACUGAAUCUAUUUUCAAAGUCAAGGGCCAAAGAUUGUUAGGAAGAAGGGAUUGAUCUCUUAAAUGGACAUCUGCUUUCACGUUAUGGCUCAGAUAUCCAGUAGCAAUGGACAGCGUUCAUCUCCUUCGUUGGGAACUGCAAGGACAAAAGAUGUGGACAAAGAAGAGGCAUUGCAGAUGGAAGCUGAGGCACUAGCUAAGAUGCAAAAGGAAAGAGUGGUAACUGGUAAUAAGCAAACUUCUGAGUCUUUAAGCAGCACCAGACAAAAAGCACAAACUCAUAAUAAACAGGACCAUGAUCUCAUGGUGUUUCCAGAGGCUGCUGCCAAAAAGAGGGUGGAAGAUAAAUUAAGCACUGUUGAUAUAGAUAAAAUGACCCAUGCUGAAUUAGAGAAACUGCUGCUAGAUGAAAGUUUUGAAUCUAGUAAAGUACCUGCAUUACCAGCAACUCCUGUUCUGAGCCCAUCAUUUUCUUCACCAUUUUAUAUUGGGCCUACUGGUCAAAGAGGACAGUGGACACCUCGGCUACCUGGGCCUGUGACUUGCACUUUACCUCCUAUUUACCCAUCAGCUUCUUACAAUAAACAAGCUGGUGUAUUUCAGAAUGGCUUCCACCUAAGUAUGUCCACCUAUCAAUCUACAGAACCUGUUUAUCUUAGUCUUCCCGGGCGGUCUCAAUACAUUUCAUACCCAUUGACAACUGCUACACCUUUCCAUCCACGAGGAAGCCUGCCCAUGUAUCCUCCAACACUCACGCCAGAAAUGGCAAAAGUAUUUGACAAAAUAGCCAGCACCUCCGAAUUCUUGAAAAAUGGGAAAUCCAGCACUGACUUAGAGAUGACUGAUUUUAAGUCUAUAGUACCUAAACUACCAACCUCAGAAAACUCCAGUGAUAUUAGUAAAUUUGAUUGGCUGGACUUGGAUCCUCUAAGUAAACCAAAAGUGGAUAAUGUGGAGAUCUUGUGUAAUGCAGAGGAUGAUGCAAAGGUGACUUCGAGUACAGUUGCAGAAGAUCCAUGGGAUGCUGUGCUACUAGAAGAAAAAUUGCUAGUAACAUGUCAUCUUGAAAGAAAAGUGAAUGGGAAAUCCACUGCUGGGGCAACAGUUACAAGAAGCCAGUCUUUAAACAUUCGAACAACUCAGCUUGCAAAGUUACAGGGCCAAACACCACAGCAAGACAAUGGGACCACUAGCCUGACAACAGAAAAUGCACUUCUCCAAGAUAUUGAAGGGCGGAAUCAAGAGCUGGCAGCUUUUUGUCAAGCAGUUACCAAAUUGAGGACCAACUUUCCCUAUACCAAUCAGCACACAAAUCCAGGCUUUGUGCUGAGUCCAGUCAUGCUGCAAAGAAAUAUAAGUGGGGAGAAUGCCAGUAUCAAGGUUUCUAUAGAAAUUGAAGGAUUCCAACAGCCAGUAACAUUUACAUGUGAUGUGAGUUCUCCUGUCGAGCUUAUAAUAAUGCAGGCACUUUGCUGGGUACAUGAUGACUUGAAUGAAGUGGACAUUAGCAGCUAUAUCCUGAAAGUCUGUGGUCAAGAAGAAGUUCUACAGAAUAAGCACUGUGUAGGAAGUCAUGAAUACAUUCAGAACUGUCGAAAAUGGGAUGCAGAGAUUAAACUGCAGCUCUUGACCCAUAGUGUAGUAUGCAGAGAUCUGGCACGAACAGAAGAAGAUGAUAGGACACCUACAAAUUUAACAAAACACCUCUACAAAACAGAAAAGCUUUUCAGAGAAAAUAUUUCAAGGCAGUCUGUUGAAGAGCUCCUAGAGGCUUACCAUAUUCAAACUGACAUGGUUCUUAAAAACGAGAACCAACAGAAAGCAGUAGAUCAUGUAAUCAAGGCUGUAAGAAAAAUCUGUUAUGCACUGGAUGGAGUAGAAACUCAAGCAAUAACAGACUCUGUAAAGAAGCUGAGGAGGGCUGUUAAUCUUCCAAGGAGUAAAAGUCCUGAGGCAGUGGCGGGGUUUGGUGGUGAUGACACUAGCAACAGUUCAGUUGGUUCAUUGCAGCCUGAAAACCCUGUGCAAGUGAGCAUAGACCAGUUGACUGCAGCAGUCUAUGCCCUUCUUCACCUCCACUUAAACUCAGGCUGCAGUAGUAGCAAUUCUGCAACAAAAAAUAAUAGAAGCACUAAGGAAGCAUGGACUGCCACAGAGCACCUGCAAUUCACAAUAUUUGCUGCUCAUGGAAUUCUUACCGGUUGGGUGUCAAAUUACGAAAAAUACUACUUGGUUUGCUCUCUGACCCAUAAUGGAAAAGAUUUGUUUAAACCCGUUCAGUCCAAGAAGGUUGGCACAUACAAGAAUUUCUUCUAUCUGAUUAAAUGGGAUGAACUAAUCAUUUUCCCCAUCCAGAUUUCACAAUUGCCAUUGGAAUCGAUCUUGUGUCUUACUCUGUUUGGAAUAUUAAAUCAAAACAGUGGAAGUUCACCUGAUUCAAAUAAACAGAGAAAGGGCCCAGAGAUGUUGGGUCAAGUUUCUUUACCUCUUUUUGACUUUAGACGUUUGUUAACUUGUGGGACUAAGCUCUUACACCUUUGGACUUCAUCACAUGUGACUCCAGCAUCAGGAACUGCCCAUAAAAGAGGAAAUCUCAUGGAAAAAAUAGUUUUGCAGGUUGACUUUCCCUCCCUGGCUUUUGAUACUGUAUACAAAAUUCCUCAAGCUGCAAACGGUUUGGUACAUCAUUCAAUAGAAACAUUGGGAAAAAAUGUAAAGGAGCGUCUUCUUGCUAUUCUUGCCAAAGAUGGCACCCUUGGGCUAUCAAAGGAAGAUAAAGAAUUUUUGUGGGAGAAGCGACAUUAUUGCCAUGGACACACACAAAGCCUUCCAAAAAUAUUAGCUAGUGCCCCACACUGGGACUGGGCAAGUCUUCCUGAAAUAUACUCACUGCUUCAGCAGUGGCCUCCCCUACCUCCUUUGACUGCUAUGGAACUAUUGGAUUCAAAGUUUGCAGAUCAGGAAGUGCGAACCACAGCUGUGAAUUGGAUUGAGGCAAUAAGUGAUGAUGAGUUAACAGACUUCCUCCCCCAGUUUGUGCAGGCAUUGAAGUAUGAAACAUACCUGGACAACUCUUUAGUCAGAUUCAUUUUGGCUCGGGCAUUAGGAAAUAUUCAGAUAGCACACUGUGUAUAUUGGCUUCUGAAGGAUACCCUACAUGAUGCAAAAUUUGGGGUAAGGUAUGAGCAUAUUCUUGGUGCCUUCCUCUCGGUCUGUGGGAAAGGGCUCAGGGAAGAGCUGGAGAAACAGACCAGACUGGUACAGCUUUUGGGAGUGGUAGCAGAAAAAGUAAAACAAACAAGUGGAUCUGCUAGGCAGGUUGUCCUGCAAAGUGGUAUGGAACGUGUACAGUCCUUUUUCAUGAAGAACAAAUGCCGUUUGCCUCUCAAUCCCAGCCUUGUGGCAAAAGAAUUAAAUGUCAAGGCAUGUUCCUUCUUCAAUUCUAAUGCAGUACCACUAAAAGUCACAUUGGUGAAUGCAGAUCCUCUGGGAGAAGAAAUUAAUGUUAUGUUUAAAGUCGGAGAAGAUCUGCGACAAGAUAUGUUGGCUUUACAAAUGAUAAAGAUUAUGGACAAAAUCUGGCUCCAGGAGGGACUGGACCUGCGGAUGGUUAUCUUCAAGUGCCUCUCAACUGGAAAAGAUCGAGGAUUGGUGGAACUUGUUCCUGCUUCAGAUACACUUAGGAAAAUUCAAGUGGAAUAUGGAGUGACAGGAUCUUUUAAAGACAAGCCACUUGCAGAAUGGCUGCGAAAGUAUAAUCCUACAGAGGAAGAAUAUGAAAAGGCUUCAGAAAACUUCAUCUAUUCUUGUGCAGGAUGCUGCGUAGCCACCUACGUAUUGGGAAUCUGUGACCGUCACAAUGAUAACAUAAUGCUUCGAACUACGGGACAUAUGUUCCAUAUUGACUUUGGAAAGUUUUUGGGCCAUGCACAGACGUUUGGUAGCUUUAAAAGGGAUCGGGCUCCUUUUGUGCUAACAUCAGAUAUGGCCUAUGUCAUUAAUGGUGGUGAAAAACCUACUAUUCGUUUUCAAUUGUUUGUGGAUCUCUGCUGCCAAGCUUACAAUUUGAUCAGGAAACAUGCAAACCUCUUUCUUAACCUGCUUUCACUGAUGCUUUCUUCAGGGUUACCAGAACUUACUGGAGUUCAAGACUUAAAAUAUGUCCAAGAUGCUCUUCAGCCCCAAACUACAGACGCAGAAGCUACUAUUUUCUUUACAAGGCUGAUUGAAUCCAGUUUGGGAAGUGUUGCCACAAAGUUUAAUUUCUUCAUUCACAACCUGGCUCAGCUGCGUUUUUCAGGCCUACCUUCCAAUGAUGAGCCCAUUCUCUCAUUUUCUCCCAAAACCUAUUCACUUAGACAAGAUGGUCAAAUCAAGGAAGUGUCCGUGUUUACGUACCAAAAGAGGUACAACCCAGAUAAACAUUAUAUCUAUGUGGUGAGAGUCUUGAGAGAGGGGCAAGUUGAACCAACAUUUGUCUUCCGGACAUUUGAUGAGUUCCAGGAACUUCACAACAAACUCGGUAUUCUCUUUCCUCUUUGGAAGUUACCAGGCUUUCCUAAUAAGAUGGUUCUGGGAAGAACUCAUAUAAAGGAUGUAGCAGCCAAAAGAAAAGUAGAGCUGAACAGCUACAUACAGAGUUUGAUGAACAGUUCAGCAGAGGUGUCAGAGUGUGAUCUUGUUUAUACUUUUUUUCACCCUCUACUUCGUGAUGAGAAAGCUGAAGGAAUAGAUGGAAUAGCUAAGCCUGCAGAUGCAAGUCCAUCAAGUCCUACCUCAGGCAAAGUGGGAGGAGAAGUAAAGUUGUCUAUCUCAUAUAGAAAUGGCACUCUGUUUAUCAUGGUGAUGCACAUUAAAGACCUGGUUACUGAAGAUGGUGCAGAUCCAAAUCCUUAUGUAAAAACAUACUUACUUCCGGAUAUAAACAAAACAUCUAAACGCAAAACCAAAAUCACACGAAAAACAAGGAACCCAACAUUCAAUGAGAUGCUUGUGUACAGUGGAUACAGUAAGGAGACUUUGAAGCAGAGGGAACUUCAGCUAAGUGUGCUCAGUGCAGAAUCGUUGCGUGAGAACUUCUUUCUGGGUGGAGUUAUGCUGUCCCUAAAGGAUUUCAACUUGAGGAAGGAGACUGUUAACUGGUAUCAGCUGACUGCUGUGCCAUAUCUGUGA